UUAAGAGCGAGCCUAAACGUCGAAGAGAAAAGGUGCAGUUCAAAAGUCACUCGCGGACGACAGCACAGCUGCAUGUAGGGUCGACCUUGAAUUAGCUUGGCCAUCGCAGUCAUUCAUACAAAAAUAGGAAAUAUUUUUCUCAGCAAUGACGCCGAUGCACACAUUCAACCAUAAACGCAGGAAAUUUGCCUAAACAAACGUAGACUUUUGAUUCCAACGCCUGGAGGUUAGACUUCCACCGCAGCCUUCAAUUUGCCCGAGAAAAUGGAGACCUACUCGCGUGCCCUUAGCUUUUCCCCAAGACGAAGGUGGAAUGGCCACUACAAAAAGUAUGCAAACUACAGAUACGGAAUUAAGCGAUUUCAAAAUGAAAAUUUCCUGCGAUUAUAUCCUGGGUGCCAACGGAGACCUCAAUAUGACGCGAGAAACGUUGAGCCGAAUAUAAAGACCAGAAUGAACGAGCUCAUUAUGAUGUGGCUUAAGGAAAAUGAACGCCGCUUUCAAAUGGAUCACGUCAACUCACUUUUCGAAGAAUUUAACAACUACUUUAUGAUGGUGGUCAUGGAUCCACUGUACCGAGGAACUGUUCCUUUCCACCGUCCACCGCCUCGCAAUAGGAAAAGUCUCAGGGAGAUUCAGAUGAACAUGCAAUAUCUGCUCGGAAGACGAAAUUCGAACCACGUCGUGCAAUUGCAGCGGUACUUUGGGAGUGGAAAAGAUAAAAAAAUUCGCUGCUUUGUGACCAACGGCAACUGGCAAAUUUUCAACGACGGCGAAAAGGCCGAGUUCGCCAACAACUUCUUGGUCCAGAGGAUGAACCCAGUAAUCUCGGUUGGGAGCAAAAAUUAUCCCAACACCUUUAAGGAGUUUAUACUUCAGGAAAAAGAUAUUGUUGAUGUGAUUAUGCAUCCCAAGGGCUCACUGAGAUGUUCCGGAAUGCUGCUGAUCACUAAAGAAAUGUUGCAGCUCACCGUGGAAUCUGUGUCCAAGGUUCUUUUUUGCUUCUACGAAAAAACCUUGCGCGACGGCAGCCUGCCCAAAGAUUGGCUCGACACAAUGAUAGCGCUGAGCCACAAGGGAGAUGAGAUGGACCGCGUUGAAAACUACCGGCCAAUUGGGUUGACCUGUCUCCCAUCAAAGAUUAUGGAAACAAUAUUGGCCAACUUUUUGCGAGUGGCGGUGGAAAAGAAGCUGAACCCAUAUCAGCACGGCAACAGGCCCAAUUAUUCAGUCGAGAGCCAGUUGGUGAGCUCUUUGGAGCACAUUCGCUACCGAGUCCAUGUGCAUGGGCGCGUGGACUGCGUCCGGUUGGACUUCACCAAGGCCGGCGACAUGGUGGUCCAUUCGAUUUUGAUUGAAAAACUUCGCAAACUGUGCAUUGACCCCACAGUCGUCAAAUGGAUCGAAGCGUUUUUACGGAACCGGCGUCAGUGCGUCCGAAUCGGAAACGCAAUCUCCAACUUUCAGGAGGUCACUUCCGGCCUUCCCCAGGGCAGCCCCUUGAGCAACGUCCUGCUCAACAUCUACUUGAACGAUCUGCACAAAAAGCUGGACAACGAUUUUGUCUAUCAGUAUUGCGACGACACUUUGAUCACAAAGAUCGUCAAGAAAAGGGCGGACUGCGAAAAACUGCAGGAGGAGCUUUUGGAGCUGGAAAAUUGGAUGAAUGAGAACCACAUGACGAUCAACGUUAAGAAGUGUCAGGUUAUGAACUUCAGGUUCCCCAACCGGACACCAGAUUACAAAGAAAUCUUUCCGUAUCAACUCAUGGGCGAGAAGAUCGACAACGUCUCCAGCCUGAAGUACUUAGGAGUGUACCUGAGCAACGAUUUUUCGUGGGAUGCGCACGUUCAGUACCUUUGUGAGAAGAACGAGGAAAAAUUUGAACGCGAGAUGAAAUACUUGAAGCUAUGUCACGACGCAAAGAAGCUCUUCUACUACACGAAUUUCCUGCGUCCAACGUUGGAGAAGAGCCGCAGCGUCUGGACCGUUCCUCUGGACAGGAAACAUUUGGAGCUGAUUGAGAAAAUGGAUAUGAUGCAGAACAGGGCAUUGAAAGAUGUGAAAAACGUUGGAAAUUUUCCAACUUUAGCUGAAAGAAGUAUCAUAUUUUUGUUGAAUUUACUUUUUAAGAUUUUUGAAAGGCCCAAGCCUUACUUAUCUCUCGUCCAGAAAGCACUGGACAUUUGUUGCGAAGAAUUCAACUUGGAAGUAUUCCACAUCGCCAUGGCCACCGAGGGGUCAAGGUUGGGUCUGGCCAUCAGAGAACUUUUAUGGUUCAAUCAAGUUUUGAAAAUGGAGGGAAAUUUAGAAUUAAAAGAUCUCUUGAAGGAGAAAAAUUUAAUGGAUAAUAAACUGGGUGAUUACGCCAAAAUGCGUUAUGAAUGUUUCCAGUCUACGAUUCAGAUUUUUGAUAAAGAUGCUGCUCUCGAGCUGGUUUCCAAGUGUUUGCACAAACAAAUGAGCAUUGAAAAAAUCAGAGCAAAAAUCGCGGAAAUUAAAUCUCGCUAUCAGUUGGAUGUUUCUAAAAAUAAGCCAAAAGUAAAGGAGUGCGUAGUGGCACUUGUACAUCGAGGGUGAACAAAAAAUUAGGAUUAUUUAUUUUAAAAUUAUAAAUCGCAAGCACUAACUAGAUUGAUUAUAAAAUGAAUAAUAUCAUAAGUAUUUUGAUAAAUUUCCCUGUAGCUAGAAAAUUCAAUGUUAUGAUAGAGAGAGAAAAGGGAUAAUUUAGAUGAAAUUAAUAUUUUGGUUUAUUAUGAUUGCACAAAAAUGUCAAUAAAAGCAAGAAAUG